AUGGAUGUAAGGCUUCAGGAGCAGCGUAGAUCCGACGAUCCCUCUCCCAAAAAAGAUGAAACCGGCGCCAAAGAAGAUGAGACCGGCGCCAAAGAAGAUGUGACCGGCGCCAAAGAAGCUAAAACUGCUCAACCGGUUAGUACUGAUCCCUCUCCCAAAUCUCCCAACUCUUCUAAAGUGCAAGAUAAGCGUAAAGUGCAAGUUAAGCGUAAAGUGCAACUUAAGCCUGACCAGGAUAGGAACCAAAACGCCGGUCCAUCAAACAGUGCUAACCGGGACGACAGCAGCGUCGCAUAUGUUAAGACCUAUGUGCCAAGCAAAGAAGAAUGCCUAGCAGACAUCAGGAAGAAUCAGCGAAAGUUCAACGCGAAACUAAUGAGUAUCAGGGCUAAGGAUCAGAGGGAAAGGAAACUGGCCCCAUCUCAAAAGUCUCCGUUCGUGGGAAACGUUACGGUUAAGGAGCUCAUACGUAACAAGAAGCAGCGCUUAGCGGUCUACAAUCCGUAUCUGCCCGAAGACAAGAAUGUUCGGAAGGAACUAACGGCGUUCCUGAAGUCUACAGCUGGGUAUCCAAAGCUUGACAAGGAUAAGUUUCCCGUGUGGUAUUGGUGGUGGGAACUCAUUACGCAGCCGCAAUGGCUAUCGGACUCGCACAUGGACGCGGUCAUCAAUCUGCUGCGGCUCAGAAUGAAAGAACAACCGCACAGCUUUAGAAGUGACAGGCUUUGUCUCAUCGAUAGUGGUCUUAGUCUGUUUUGGACGGCAAAGUAUGACGAUUUCAAGAAGUCUGAGCCUAAUGUCUUUGGACUUGGGAAGUACCUCCCACCUGACUCACUUGACUACUUCCAAGGCACGAAACCAGAAUUCUGCCAGACGAAUAAACGAUGGUGCAGGGACAUUGACGACCUAUAUCUCCCGUUUAACAUUGGGAAGAACCACUGGGUUGCUCUAUUCAUCUCCUUACCGAAGAGGCACAUCACGAUCUGGGAUAGUUAUCCCUGCCGUAUGGACGAUGAAGAACUGGCGACGGAGGUGGAACCCGUGGCUGUGAUGAUGGCGUACAUGUUACGCGAGAUGGCACUGGUGGAAGAACGUGACAACUAUCCGUUCGAUAAAUUUACUCACGAACGGGUUGCUGGUGUGCCGGAGCAAAAGGGUCCCGGGGAUUGCGGUGUCUACUGUCUGAAAUACAUCGAGUGUCACGCAACUGGAAACGAUUUUUCAGCCUCUUCACUGUGCAACAAGAACGUCAAGGCAAUUCGGAGUAGGUAUGCUUGUGACAUUUUCAAGGAGACCGAUUGCAAGGGACCGAGGAUCCGUGACUGGGACGGUCUUGAUCCUUUCGACGGGAGAUGCUGA